CAACACAAGGCGGAAUUUGUUGGUCAGAAACGAGAACCGCUGAAUCGAACAAACCCCGGAACCAUCGCAGGAAAUCGAACAUGGAAUUCGUGGGUCACACCGACGGAAUGCAUGAUCACGGUAUGCACAUGCAAGAUCACGAUCACAUGCACACCGAUGCGAUGGAAGGCGGUUCCUACCCAAGUGGCAACCUCUUCUGCGACGAUUCCAUGGGGGGCAUGGUCAUGUACAUGGAGGGCUUCCAUUGGACCCUGGCAGGGCACAGUGCCAGAAGGAACUGCCUCAACUUCUUGUUCGAAUCAUGGACGCUCAACACCGUCCCAAGAUUCGUCGCCGCAAUGGUUUGCACCUUUUUUCUGGGGGUGUUUGCCGAGGGAAUCGCCUGUUGGCAGCACCAGGCCGAAACCCCCAGCAGGGGGCAACAGCGAACCACGACCCUCGCUGGAACGCUKCCGAGAUUGAAGUCCGUCUGCCUCCGGGCCGGAGGAAUCCUCGCGGCGUACACGCUGAUGCUGGUGGUCAUGACGUAUUCGCUCGAGCUUCUUGGCUGCGUUGUCUCGGGGCUGGCGAUGGGCUAUUUCGUGUUUGGGGGUGAGACCUACCGCCACGGGGGCGGGACGCCGUGCUGCGGAUUCCUCGAGCAUCGCGUCGAUACCUCUCCUUCUCGCACAUCGGAAAACUCCAACUCGAGCGCGAGCGCGAACCAGGAUGGGCUGACCGAGCGUCUGCUGCCGCCGGGCGAUAACGGCAGCAUUGACAUCGGGAAUGAGAACCACGCCCUUGAUGGUGCCGGUGCCGAGAGGAACAGUGAACACUCGUGUUGCCACAUCCCCAGCGGGAGCUAGCUGUAGAACUCUGUCGGAUCGGAUCGGAUCGGAUCGGAAGCGAUGCAACAUGGCGUGGCGACGCGCACGAWAGAAUAUAUUGGAAAAUGCAUAGGAUUGAAUCGUAGUUUUGUAAUAGCUUUCGUGUCGCUGGGUUUGUGAGGGCGGAAUCGCGCAGAGAUCUGAACCURCCGCAUUUGGGAUUGAAUCAAGAGGUAUGGAUCUGACGAUGGGGAAGGAAUUGGGAGAUCAAAACCGGGCAAAGCUUACUACACGAUGUAGCUUUCAAUACUGCSAUGUCACAGAACAACAAKUGGAGGRAAGACAAUGCCAUUUUCAUUCCUUCUCCAGCUGCUCUGAACGUCCUCAAUUCUCAAACAAAUCAACUUCUUCCUUUUCAUAGGAAAGAAUGCGCAUUAAAYAAGCACARGAAACUAUUCUAUUGCAACAYGCCGUACUGCAGGGUAUUCGCUCUCCGUCCCCCAUCGGUUUGCUUUCCUUGUUCGCGCACGCUACAAKCGCUCUCACGUAAGGCUGGUYACAAUACAGCCACGAUCUAUUCCGCUGAUCUCAUUUUUCAACGAAACCAAUCGAUCAUAUUAUCUAUCGAAGAUUCAUCAAACUGUGUGUCGGCACAUCKUGUAAUCCCAAAUUAGAAUAAUACUAAUGAUACCAC